UGCGUCACGUGACUAGCAACAUAAACAAUUUUCCAGGGAGCUGGGAAGUAAGCUAACUGCAACUAACGGGCAACAUUUCACCAACGGUGCUUUCGAUUAUCGUAAGACUAAAUUUGGGAUGUGAGGGCGAUGGCGGUAAUUAUUCCUCACGUGUCGGACCUUCCCAUAGUUUCUGGAAGACGCGCAUCUUGUCGAAGGGAAGAAAAUACGUCUACAAUUUGAAAAAUGGAGUGCUGUCUCCGUCUGCUGAGCUGAAAAAUGGGAGCAAGCGCUUCGGUGUCACUCUGUAGCAACCCAGCCUCAGUGAGAAUCCUGAGGUCCAGCGCUAAGGUCAGCCCAGAGCCCAUUGCUCCCACCCUGGUCACAGAGCCUGAAGUAGCUGCCAGGUGUGUGUUUGGUGUUGCCUUGCCAAAACUGAGAGAAGACGGGCAGAUGGUCUGUGGAAUACCCCUUGUUUUAAGAGACAUGGUGGAGUACCUGGAUAAGAAAGGAAUGCACCAUAGGGGUUUGUUUCGUCUGUGUGGUUCUGUGGUGCGGACCAGGCAGCUGAGGCAGCGGUGGGAUAGUGGGGAGAGGGUGGACCUGGAGCAUGAUGGAGAUGUCCCCACUGUGGCCUCGCUCCUCAAACUCUUCCUCCGGGAGCUGCCCGCCCCCAUAGUUCCCGAACCUCAGCGCAAGGAGCUGGUCCUGAGCCUCACAGGAUAUCCAGAUGAGGCAGAGAUGAACCGGUCUCUGAGAGAAAAUCUUUGCCACCUUCCUGAUGACAACCUUGUUAUUUUGUCUCACCUCAUCCACUUCCUGUCCAGAGUGGCUGCUCACAGCCAAUCAAAUCACAUGCCUGUGGAAAAUCUAGCAACCAUUUUUGGGCCUUGUAUCUUUCAUGUUCCAGCUGGACCCAGGAUGCUGGAGGAGCAGAGUGUGUGCAAUGCCUUGUUGCUCCGUCUUCUCAGACAUCAUGAGGUUCUCCUUCCAGUCCCAUCUGAGGACACAGUGGCCUCCUCCUCACCCCCUCCCCCUACUCUCUCUGCUCUUUCACACUUUGAGGUCCGACCCAGCAGCUGUUACUCCGAGCAGAGUGGUAUGGAGAGGUUUGAGGGAGACACCACCUUUGACUCAUUGAUCGCUGCUUUUAACCAAACAACAUGGAUACAAUCUCAACUCACCAGUCUUGACAUUCUGCAGCUGGGUUGUGAAACCAGUUCUGACAUCAGCGCUGGCAUUCAGAGGCUGAUUCCAGACCAGGAGGCUCUGGAGGAGAGCAGUGAAAGCACAGAGGCAGGCUGCCCCACUGACCCAGGCCCAGAGCAACAUCAGUCCCAGAGUGGACCAUCUCAAAACAUCCAGGGGGAGCUGCCAAAGUUGGAGUGUACCACACAAGGGACUUUUUCACAAAACAGCCUUCCACUAUUUACUUCCAUAUCAAAGGAGAAAGAGGAGGAAGAAGGAGACGAGGUAGAGGAUAGAAGGACACCUUCCACGCCUAUCAAAGACGACUGCUCACUGGCUUUCGCUGAUGCAGGGCACUCAUCAUCAAUUUCAGACCGCUGCAUAACCAAUGAAUCACAGAGCAAAACCCAAACUCAGACUCAAGACCUAGAGAGCCUGCUGUGCUGCAUGGAGUACAAGACAGAAGACAAAACUAGUGUGUCUGAGUGGAAGGGGAGAAGAGGAGGAGGAGGAGGAGGAGGAGGAGGAGGAUGUAGUGGUUCUGCUGACAGACACGAUGAUCCCAGAGGCAGGAACAUCAGCUGUGACAGCCCCUCCCUCAAGCUACAAGCUCUGGAGGCUGACUUGGUUUCCCCGCCGGCAUCGGUGGACCCCCAAGCUCAGGAUAAUCUACCUGCCCAGCAACAGCCUCUUUUUACAGAAGAGCCAAGAAUGCAUUUGAACCACGAGCUGCUCCUCCACUCGCCACCAUCACCAUCAGCACAGGAUCAGGACACGGUCGACUCAUCACAGCCUGUACACACUCCAUCCUCACAUUCAUCAGAGUCCAGUCUUCUCCUCUCCGCUGCCACUCUUUCUGAGGGAAUUUCAGGAGAUGACAACCUGCUGAGCCCACCAGGGUACAACACCAGCCCUCUCCUCUCUCAUUUUAUGACGAGCGACUGCCCUGUCCCUUCACCGCGCUGCCCCAACUUCAGCUACAGCCUGCGCUACAACCUAGACCCAGAUACAGCCCCUUCUCCACCAUGCUCACAGCACAUCCGCAUGGCUCGCUGCAGUGUUCAUACAGAGCCAGACGAUGGCUCUGUGUCCAUCUCAAUGCUUAACAGACACAUCCACACCCUGAGGAAGAGGAUCAGGCGUUUUGAGGAGCGUUUUGAACAGGAGAAACACUACAAGCCGGCCCAUAAUGACAAGAUAGCGCAUCCAGAGAUAGCCAGACUGAUGAGGGAGCUCAUCAAGAGCCGCAAGCAGCUUAAAGAGCUGAAGCUGAGACAGUCAGAAGAAGGUGGGUUAAAAGGGCAAGGAGGUUUAAACCCACCAGCUGAGACAUGCAGGACCAACAUAGACCAGAGGGGGGUAGUACUGGCGGGGACUGAGCUGCAGCAACUUAACAACAACACAAACACCAAGCCAAAUGUGGAAGAAACCGUGAAUAUUAUAACUAACAGACUGAAGGAAAGACGACGAGAGCUGGGUAUCCCCGACACCAUUAAGGAGAUGUCCCAUUUCCAGAUGACUUUGGAGAAGACCAGCCUGCAGAAGUGUUUGCUCUACUUUGAGAGUCUGCACGGACGACCGAGUACCAGGCAGGAGCGGACUCUGAUAAAAUCUUUCUACGAUCGGUACCGUCUACUCAAGCAGCUGCUGCUCUCCUCUGCUGCUGCAACCGUCAUUACAACCAUUGAGGAGGAGGAGGGCACUGAUGAAGACCAUCCCAAACAGCGAAGCCCCAAGCAGCAGAAACUCUGGCUGAAACCUCACAGGUGUGUGUCGCCAGAUGAGGUGCUCCACCUGCCUCCCCUAGAAACGUCUGAAACGCCACAGGUGUCCCCGUUGGAGGAGGUCAAGGGUUUCCAGCCACAGAUCAUCACCAUGGCAACACUACAUGAAGCUUCCAGAUCAGAAUUACUGGAUCACCUCAGGAUGGCUCGAUUAGAGAAGCGGAGGCUUCACCAAGCGCUCCGGGAGUUUGAGGACCAUUUCUACACACAGACGGGCAGGACUUGUCAAAAGGAGGACCGUGGACCGAUGGCGGAGGAGUACUGCCAGUAUAAGAACCUCAAAGCAAAGCUCCGUCUCCUGGAGGCCCUGCUCAGUAAACAACAGGACUCAACCAAGACCAGUUGAGUUUCUCACAGUGGGGCUUUAUUCUAACCUUACAGGACUUGAUCAUCUCUGGAAAAUCAGGUUGAGAAGCUGGUGGCUCUGGUCUUGUUCAUGCCAUGCUCAUUAUGUUGAUGCACUUUACAUGAGGAAAACUGUGGUGGAAAUUGGUGACAAUCUGAAUGAACUGCUGGGCAACUGCAGAAUUUUUUUUUUUUUUUUUUUUUUUUUUUAAGUUCCAAAAACACAUCCCUUGUCAUUCAUGACGCAUCUUAACACAAACCUGAUGUAGCAAGUGUAUGUUAUGUAGCACUAAUUCAUGUCAAGGAUGAAGAGCUGUAACAACUUGAUGUUAGUUACAUAUAAGUAAUUUUAAUAUUACUGUACGUAUAUUAUGGCACUUUGUUACUUGCUUUUUUUCCUUGCCAAAAUACUAUUUUUGGACAGCUUUGUCCAUAGUUAAUGUGGAAUCUGCAUUUUUUAAAAAGUGCUAUCUUGGCAAAAAAAGGUGUAAGCUUAAAUGCAAUCAAUGAGACAAUCCUGUAGUGCUUGUGCAUGUCAGUUUUUUAGUCCUACAUUGUGCUAUGAUAUGCAUUAGGAAUUUCAUAGUUGAACUAAAUUGUGACCAUUCAAUUUACAUGUUCAUCUUGGAAAAUACAAUAUGUGAACGUUGGCAUCAUAGUGCAAGUUAUAUCAGCUGUAUAAUUUGUGUAAUUUAUCCCCCCUACUUUGCUUGUAUGAAGUUAAUUCCCCCUAAAUGCCAUUGUUGACAAUGAUCAGAGCUUUUGACAUUGUGCACUUCUGGUUUAUAUAUUUUUCUCUCUCUAUAUAUAUGAAUGUAUCAAUAAAAAUAAAUAUUUUUUCACAUUUA